UAGCAUUCAUUUAAAGCUUCUGUGGGCCGCUUUGAUUCAAAAGCAGAAUACUGGCUUUCUCAGAGCAUGAGCAGAAGUGACUUAACACCACAAACAAAAUGCUGCGUGUAACUUCAGCUCUUUUUCUAGCACUUCUGCAUUGUUGCAAUGCCCAAACCAAAACCAGCCAGGUUGCUGCACCUACAGACUGUGAGGCCAUUCAGACAGAAGCAGGAAUGGCGCUGGAUCUGGUGAACAGACAUCGCCAGGACGGCUACGUGUUCGGCCUGUUCCGUGUUGCUGAUGCACACAGACUACACACGGAAAAUUCAUCAGUCCUUUACUUAACUUUGGAUGUGCUGGAAACUGAAUGCUCUGUGUUAUCUGGAAGACCCUGGGAGACUUGUGAAUAUGGUGAUCUCUAUUCCAUGGACUUUGGGCAAUGUAAGAUUAUCACAUAUACAAGCCCGAUGCUGAAGAAACCUAAAUUAUAUGGAUAUAAUUGUACAUUAAGUCCAGUUCCUCCCGAUUUAAUAGAGUGCAAAGACUGUCCUGUAAAAGUUGAAGUCUUAGAAGUCACUGAGGAACAUAAAGAUCUUGCUGCAAAGCUCCUGGAAAAAUUCAACCGUGAGGGUAACCACACAAACUACUUCAAAGUCAACAAAGUUGAGAAGAUUCUAAAGGCGACUGCCUCCCGUGAAGCUCACAUUCUAGGAUUCUCCAUAAAAGAGACCAAAUGUUCCAGAGGAGAACAGCAACAAGCAGAUGAGCCACUGGAAUGUGAAUUUCUGGAUGACUGGCACGCUCACACAGGAUUCUGCAAGGCAAGAACUGUUAGUGAUCCAGAGGAACCCAAUGGAAUAGAAAUAAACUGUGAACUCUAUCAUCCCUGGCAACGUUAUUAUGGACAAAGAUGCAGAUCUCCAGCUCCAGGUUGGCCACACAAGCAUCCCCAUCAUCACAGACAUCGUCACAGGCAUAGAGGUCCACCGACCUUUCAGUUCAAACCUGAAGACUCUGAGCAUAACCAUGGUUUCAACAAAGAUCAUCAAGGCAGCCACGAAGAAGCUCCUCCUCCCUGCCAUGGUAGACAUCACCACCCUCCCCCUCCACACCACGGUCUGGCUCCUUCCCAGGAGGAACCAGAGCACCCCUCUUCCACUCCUCUCUAUGACAAACAACACAGUCCUCCUCUUAUUCAAGAGAAAUCUGAUUUUCGCCCUUUUACUCCUCCUCCCUAUGAUGAGCAAAAUAGCCCUCCUCCUCCUCCCCAUCAUGGGCCACACUGCCCUCCUCCUCAUGGACAUCAUCACCCACACCAUCCUCCUCAUCAUGGGCCACAUUGCCCUCCUCCUCAUGGACAUCACCACCCACACCAUCCUCCCCAUCAUGGGCCACGCUGUCCUCCUCCUCACAGACAUCACCAUCCACCUCCUCCUCCCCAGGAGGAACCAGAAAGCCCCUCUUCUGGUCCUCUUAUUCAAGAGAAAUCUGAUUUUCCCCCUUCUACUCCUCCCUAUGAUGAAGAACAUAGUCCUCCCCCUCCUCCCCAUCAUGGACCACACUGCCCUCCUCCUCAUGGACAUCAUCACCCACCUCCUCCUCCCCAUCAUGGGCCACACUGCCCUCCUCCUCAUGGACAUCACCACCCACCUCCUCCUCCCCAUCAUGGGCCACACUGCCCUCCUCCUCAUGGACAUCACCACCCACCUCCUCCUCCCCAUCAUGGGCCACACUGCCCUCCUCCUCAUGGACAUCACCACCCACCUCCUCCUCCCCAGGAGGAACCAGAAAACCCCUCUUCUGGUCCUCUUAUUCAAGAGAAAUCUGAUUUUCGCCCUUUUACUCCUCCUCCCUAUGAUGAGCAAAAUAGCCCUCCUCCUCCUCCCCAUCAUGGGCCACACUGCCCUCCUCCUCAUGGACAUCAUCACCCACACCAUCCUCCCCAUCAUGGGCCACACUGCCCUCCUCCUCAUGGACAUCACCACCCACCUCCUCCUCCUCAUCAUGGGCCACACUGCCCUCCUCCUCAUGGACAUCACCACCCACCUCCUCCUCCCCAUCAUGGGCCACACUGCCCUCCUCCUCCCCCUCCCCCUCCCGGACACCAUCCUUACCUCUAUCAUCACUAUCACAAGCAUCAUUGCAACAAGACACGCACAUCUGGAAGCUACUUUCCAUUCCAAGUAACUGGAUCUGUCUAUCGCAUUCCAGUUCUAAAUAUGCAAGAUUCUCUCACACCUCCCAGUGCAAAAUUUCCUGAGUUAUCACUUCUUGGCCCUCAAAGUGCUGGCACUGAUGAAGAUACUCCCUUCACUGACUCAAGUCAAAGGGAGAUGCCAGAAGCUCCACAUUUUCCAGAUCACCCUUCACAAUCAAAGUCAUGCCCAGGAAAACCUAAACUUGAUCUUCCAAAGAUUUUGCCUUUACUUCCACAUAAGUCCAUGGCAGAAAGUCUUGAAUGACCCCUGAGAAAGAUAUUCCUGACUUGAGGGUUGCAGGGCAUAUGACCAAUGCACAGUGAAUGAUAAAAGCAUAUGGUAGAGGGGGAAAAGCAUACAAUUUCCAGGGAGGAGAAACACCGACAUUACUGAUUAAGGCGAGCAUUCCAGAUUGUUUCUUGAUCCCAGCUAUCUCAGACUCCACUAUAACUGAAAGAAAGAUUCAAAAGUUUGAGUCUCUCAAAUAAUGUGACUGGGUAGAAAUCUCAAUCAGUUCAACUGAAAAGGAAAAUUCCCCAACAGUGAAAACUACAAAUCUUCAUUUUCUCAUAGUUCUUAACUGUAAUGCACUUCUCUGAGCAACUAUAAUCAUCUUCCUUAAAAAAAAAAAGAUCCAUGGCACUACAUUGCACUUCAUAAAAAUCCAAAGAAAAUAAAAUCAUGUAAUCAUUUCUUUCUUGA